UUUUGUAUUUUGAAUAAGUAACCACAAAGGUUGAUGAGGGCUAAGUCAUAGACGUUGUCUAUAUGAACUUCAAGGCAUUUGCUGGUUCCUCAUGGUAGGCUGUUCUGGAGGUUAGAUUACAUGGGAUCUAGGCUAGCUGACUGGAUAGAGAAUUGGCUUCAUGGAAGGAAACAGGGUAAUGGUGAAGGUUGUUUUUCAGACUGAAGACCUGUGCCUUGCGUGCUUCAGGGAUUAGUGCUGGGCCAAUUGCUGUUUGUGGCUUAUAUCAACGAUUUGGAUAAGAAUGUAGACGGCAUGAUUCGUAGGUUUGCAGAUAACACCAAAGUGCAUGGUAUCAUAUAUAUCGAAGAUGGUUAUCAGAAAUUACAGCAGGAUCUUGAUGGAGAAAGAGAUGGACUAUAUGGAAAAUUGGCAGCAAUGAUGACGAUAUCACUAUAAUAGGCCACAGCUCAAACAAUUACGAGACAGGGUAUAAAUAGGAGAUAAGGCUUACUAGUGUGGUUUCAAGCCAACACCUUCCCUCAAUAUCAAUAUUGACAAAAUCAUGACUGCAAUAGAUAGUUUGAAUGCACAGAGUAUUUUACCCAGGGUAGGGGAAUUAGUAACCAGAGGGCAUAGGCUAAAGGUGAGGGGCAUGAAUUGACUAUCCCUCUCUACUUCAAUUCACAUCAGACUCUCCCAAUAUGACUAAUGGAAAAGAGGGAUAGUCAAUGUGCUAUUGAACUAAUUCUCGCAUUGUUCAACUACUUAAAUUUCAUUUAGAUCAAACAAGUAACCUCCACAGGAACUUUGAUGGGUCCAAGCCAUGCUUGUAUUUUCAUUGUAUAUGAAGGGUAAUCCUUGUUUCAGUCUGGUUCAGUUGCCCUCCACAUUACUUUUUCUGGUACACUGAUCACUGCAUCUGUGCUUUUUUUAUUUAUUGUUGUCAUGUGCACAAGAUACAGUGGAAAAAUGUUGUUUUGCAUGCUAUCCAGGCAAGUUGUACCAUAAAUCAGUAUAUGAGCUAAUGCAAUAGAAAAUAAAUAGUGUGCUGAGUAUAAAAACAGCUACAGCUAAAGUGCUGAUGAAAAAAAGCGCAAGGGCCGCAAAGAGAUAGGUUGGAAAAUUAAAAAUUGAUAACUAUAAGAUGAGAGGUCCGCUCUAGAGUCUAAUAACAAUGGAGAAGUUACUGUUCUUGAAUCUAGACAGACAUGCUUUCAAGCUUUUGAAAAGAAGGGAAAAUUACCAGGUGUGAGUGAUUGAUGUAGGAAAUUCUGAAAAUUAAAAGGCAAUGAGUGGUUUAUAAUAUAUUUAACCCUUCUUAAAUAAUAUGUAAGAUGUUAGCUGAAGGUAGGAGGACAAAAAGAGGCCAUGAAAUGGCUUUGGCAGAAAAGUAAGAGAAGGUCAGGAUGUUCUAUAAGUGUAUUAGGAGCAAGAAGAUUACUAGGGAAAGGGGAAUGUCUUAAAUGAAUACUUCUCGUAUAUGUAAUCACCAAGAGUCAAGAGUGUUUUGUUGUCUGUCUGAAGAAGGGCUCGACUCGAAACAUCACCCAUUCCUUCUCUCUAGAGAUGCUGUCUGUCCCGCUGUGUUACUCCAGCAUUUUGUGUCUACCCUCGAUUUAAACCAGCAUCUGCAGUUCUUCCCUACAUGUGUUUUAUUGUCAUAUGUCCCGAAAUUGAACAAUGAAAUUCUUACUUGCAGCAACACAGCAGAUAUGUAAACAUCUGUAAAUAGUAUAAACAAGGAACUGCAGCUGCUGAUUUAUAUAUAUUUUUUAAACGAAGUGCUGGAGUAACUCAUCGGGUCAGACAGCAUCCCUGGAGAACAUGGGGGGACAUAAUUGUCCCUCCGUGGAAACAGGAAAAAUAAUUGUUCGGCAUGGACUUGUAGGGCAAAGAUGGCCUGUUUCCAUGCUGUAAUUGUUAUAUGGUUAUAUGGAUAGGAUUGAGUGAUUAUUGUGCCAUUCUGCCAAGCAAUGACUGAUGUGUCGGCAAUGUUGGGCUGCAUUGGGUCUUUGAUUCUGCUCAGGGUCACAGUUACACUUGUGACAUGUCCCAGUGUUGUGACAUCACAAUGCGGCUGCUCGGACCACCUCUGCCAUGAUCACCAGCAUCCUCUUGGGCUCAUGAGGCACUCGCUCCUGCGUUUCACCCCGAUUUGUAAUCAUGUGCGAUGAUGCUGAAAAGAUUCGCCGAGAUAAUGUGAAGCUCACUGCUGAAAACAAAGCAUUAAAGCACCAGAUUACCCUCCUAAAAGAAAACGAGGAGCUACGUAAUCUCCUGUCAUCCAACAGUGCACCGGCACUUGGACAGAACCCAAAAUGUUUCCCAGCCUUCAGUCAUCCCACCGCAGCACGAGGUGCCUCGUUGUGCUGUUCCACAGAACGGAUCAGCCCCAACGACUUCCAGGACAAUCGGCAGCCAAGUCCAACCUUGGAGAACCUUCUUACCCUUUCGCUGUCUGAUGAUUCCCACGCACUGAGCUGCAACAGUGCUCUCAGUGGACUGCAGCCAGCUCAGGUCCCCACUUACUGCCGCAGCACUGAACUGUUUGAAGCCAGUAAUCCUGAUGUCACGAACAGCUCGUGUGAUGAAAUCAUGAACAGUCAGCUUUCCGACUCUGAGGCCCGGCCCACCAACAAGAAGAUCUGGUUUUCAGAAUCGGCCACAUCUGAUGAAUCUAAAAAGCUGUUCCUUGAGGAAGGAAACAAAACACGGGUGUUUUAUGUGAAUGAGAUGGACUCCUUCUCAAACCUGGCAAAGAACAGUCGAGUGAUUGGAGAGAUAGCGUUCCAACUGGACCGGAGGCUCCUCGCACACGUGUUCCCAGGACUAACCAGGUUGUACGGAUACACAGUAUCCAACAUUCCAUCAAAAAUCAAACAGAAUUCGGUUAAUGCCAUCGAUGGAACAGUGGAUAAGCAGAAAUGGAAAGAAAUGUCACAGUGUUAUGCAGCUUUACUAUCAAAAUUGGAAAAACUCAAUUAUAAAACCGAUAUCCACACUGGCUUCAGUGAAUUCCUGGUCAACUCCUAUGGAAUUCUUAAGCAGCGUCCAAAUGCCUACACCAACAUCACGUACAAUCCUAUAAUCCUGCGCAAGCUGGUCAUCGACAUGGUUCCUGCCAAGUUCCUACGGGACACCCUGGUCUUGCUGAAUUGUCUAUGUGAGCUGUCUCGUAAUGACAAGAAACCUCUGUUUCCAUGGUGACCAGGGGAUGCAGCAGCUGACAUUAUGCAUAAGAUAAAGACAUUUCUAUUUCCCUCUUUUUAAAAAAUCCUAUCAAAAUAGAUUACAGAAAAUAUUGAUGUCCCAUUUUAUUCUAUUAUAUGUACACUUAGCAUUCAAAGUGCAGAAGAGUUAUAAAUAAACCCAUGAUUUUGGAAAGAAAAGUUUUUGCCAAAUUGUAUUGAAAUCUUGAGGGCAUGUAACUUUGUAUGACUAUUAGCUCUUGCGAUGCAUUUAAUUCAACAAUCUCGGCCACUAUUUCUGGAUUUGUUUCGUUCUGAAGCUUUUGCUGACAAAUUGAAAGUGAUCUUACACUUGGCCCAUUCUUAUUUAACUCUGUCCCAUGCUUGCUGAAAUGGUAAUACAUAAUUUGUCUGCAGCUUCUGCAGAAUGUCUUCAGAAUAAUUGUGGCUUGCUUUAUCCAAUGAAAUUUGGCGUUAGUAGUGUGGUGGGAGGGGGAGGAAGCCAACACUCUUCAUUCUGAAAAUACCUGCAGAAUCAACGAAGUGGGGACACUCGGAUCAGGCAGUCAGUCGCACAACUGCUCAAGAGUUGUCUUACACUUUGCACCUAAAAGUUACCACUUCCCUUUGCCUGCUCCCCAACCUUUGCCGUUUCCAAUUUUUAACCAUCCAGCUUGUCACAGGUAUGUAGGAAGGAACUUCAGAUGUUGGUUUAUACGAAAGGUUAACUGACCCACUGAGUUACUCCAGCAUUUUGUAACGGAUGCCGUUUCACUGUGGGCAAUUAAAGGGCCUGUCCCACUUGGGCGACCUAAUCCGCGAGUUCUGGCGAGUUUGCCCUCGACUCAUACUCGCAGCAUGGUCGACAUGAGGUCGUAGGAGGUAAUUCGUAACUCUCCUUCAUGCUCGAGAGUGAUCUCCGCAUACUUGAGGCCUCAGCUAGGUCACGGCGUUUUUUUUCAAUAUGUUAAAAAAUG